CACAAUUUUCUGAUUGGCUUUUUUCAAAACUAAUCUACUUUGUCUUUAUUCGUUCCUCAAUUCUAUUUAAAGCUCCAUUGUUUCAGGAGGCGUUUAUGCUUUGUAUGCUCUGGUUUUUAAGGAAAUUGAUUCUUGCUCACAGAAAUUUUGGGAUAUAUUCUUUUGAUUUUCUAUUUGAAACCCGCUGUCGGUAUUGAUACCCACGUUUUCUCCGCAGCACAUUGAUACUCUUUCUGUGCAUUGGAGGACUUUUGUGCAUUUUGAGGACUUUUGUGUAAAAUCUGGGACAUCUGGUUUUUGUUUUAACAGUUGGAUUUGGAAUCUGUAAUGGCUGUUGCAGUUGGAAAGGUUGUGGGUGCCAAUGGGAAUUUCAAUCCCAUGUUUAGAAGAAAAGAUGGGGAAGACAAAAAAUUGUGGACCAGAAGAAAUGUUAGGGCAAUGGCGUCUGUUAGUUGUGGGAAGCUGAAAGAGGAGUAUCAGUUACUCAGAUUGAAACCCAAUUCCACCGAAAAGGAUGUCAAGAAAGCUUAUCGACGACUUGCCUUGCAGUAUCAUCCUGAUGUCUGCAAAGGAGAGAAUUGCGGUGUAACAUUUCACAAGAUCAAUGAGGCCUAUCAGAUUGUGAUGUCUACCUUAAUGGAGGUAAAUAAGGAAGAGGAAUAUUAUGCUGAUGAUGGUUACAUGGGCUUCGAUGAAUGGGACGAAUGGAUGGGAUUUGAAGGUGGUUGUCCAAGCGGAGAUUAUUCCAAUCAUAUUAACUAUUAUACCUGAUAAUCAUCAAUUUGCAGUGGCAGCUGCAAUUUAUUGUCUAUAUCUAACAGAGUGAUCUAAUUAUUUCACCCCCCAGCAAUUGCCCUCUAUAUCUAACAGAGUGAUCUAAUUAUUUCACCCUCCAGCAAUUGCCUGUAUUUUUUUUGAGCAAUUGCUAUCAUUUUAUUUCCGAAGGGGAACAUCUCAAGUUACCUUUUGUACCUGAUUAUGAUCUGCACUUAAUUGUCUAUAUAUGACAGAUAAAUGUAAUUAUUUCACCUCAGCAAUUGAAUCUAUUUUGAGAUUACAUUAGCAAUUGCUCAACAUCUCAAGUUACCUUUUGUA